GGACUCGGCGGGCGCCCACGUGACAGCCCCCGGGGCGCCCAACAUUUGCAGGGAACAUGGGCGUGCUCAGGGCAGGUCUGUGCCCGGGCCUCACCGAGGAGAUCGUCCAGCUUCUGAAGGGCCAAAGGAUCAAGACAGUGGCGGACCUGGCAGCUGCUAACCUGGAGGAGGUAGCCCAGAAAUGUAGUUUGUCCUACAAGGCCCUGGUUGCCCUGAGGAGGGUAUUACUGGCGCAGUUCUCGGCUUUCCCAUUAAAUGGAGCAGACCUCUAUGAGGAACUGAAGACUUCCACUGCCAUCCUGUCCACCGGCAUUGGGAGCCUGGACAAACUACUUGAUGCUGGCCUCUAUACUGGAGAGGUGACUGAAAUUGCGGGCGGCCCAGGUAGCGGAAAAACCCAGGUAUGUCUCUGUGUGGCUGCAAAUGUGGCCCACGGCCUGCAGCAGAAUGUACUGUAUGUCGAUUCCAAUGGAGGAAUGACAGCAUCCCGCCUCCUCCAGCUACUACAGGCUAGAACCCAAGACGAGGAGAAACAGGCAGGUGCUCUCCGGAGGAUACAGGUGGCUCAUGCGUUUGACAUCUUCAGGAUGCUGGAUAUGCUGCAGGACCUACGGGGCGCCAUGGCCCAGCAGCAGGCGACAGCUUCUUCAGGCACUGUGAAGGUAGUGAUUGUGGAUUCUGUCACUGCAGUGGUCGCCCCACUUCUGGGAGGUCAGCAGAGGGAAGGCCUGGCCUUGAUGAUGCAGCUGGCCCGGGAGCUCAAGAUCCUGGCCCGGGACCUGGGUGCGGCAGUGGUGGUGACCAACCACUUGACCCGAGACAGAGAUGGAAGGAGGUUCAAACCUGCUCUGGGACACUCCUGGAGCUUUGUGCCCAGUACCCGAAUUCUCCUGGAUGUCCUUGAAGGGGCUGGAACAUUAAGUAGUAGCCAACGUACAAUGUGUCUGACCAAGUCUCCUCGCCAGCCCACAGGUCUGCAGGAGGUGAUAGACAUUGGGACUCUGGGGACUGAGGAGCAGAGCCCAGCACUGCCUGCCGAACAGACCUGACGCUGUUGAUUGGACAGCGUUCUUGCCUGUCAGCUGCUGGCCACUGCCCCUAGGGACCUGGCAGUGUAGGUGUCAGGUGUCGGAAGACAAGCUUCAGUUUCGUCAGCUUCACUCUGUGGGAUCUCACGGAGCCACGGCCAGAGGACGCAGCGGUGGGGAACCGGGGGGGGGGAUGGGCCUAGAAGUCCAUCGUGGGCUCAAGUUUUCUUCCUUUGUGUCCACCAUUUGUCUCUAGUGGGGGUUGAGGUCAGCCUAGCUUGGGGCGUCUCUGAAGAAACACAGUCGUGACUGGCUGAAUAGCUUCCUGGCCCCGUGGCAACAUCCAUCACACAGUAAUUGAGCCAGGAAGCCUUCAUCCCAUCCAUCCCCAUUUAUCUGGGCCUCUGUUUUCCCACCUGCAAGAUGGAACUUCCUUUGUCUCUGAGUUACUCAGUAGAAACAACCUCAGAAAUAUGAAGCUCUUUCUAU